AUUGACCGACCGAUGUAUGCUUGAUAGGAAUUUUCUCUAUCACUUGUGACAAAUGUCCAAUAACACCAGAUUUAUUUAUUUUUUUAGGUUGAGUUAAAAAAAGAAAAUCCCAGUUUUCCCAUUAACCCCCUCAAUUAGGUAAAUAUCGCAGGCUUAAAAAGGUAAACGCCAGAGCACGAAUUCCAGAAGCGCAAAGCUGUAAUAAUUUCGUUGCCCGUUGCUAAUUUUCCCCUCAAAGGCUCGAAGCAUAGUCACUAAUAAACACUGCAGUAAGCAACGGCGUAGCUCUUACAUGAUUCAGUAACCGCUUGCGGGCAUUGCCACUCGGUUGACGGCGACGCCGGCAAAAAUGACCGCCAUCACCUCCGUCGAAUUGAAUUUACUGGUCUUUCGUUACCUUCAAGAGUCAGGUUUUACUCAUGCAGCCUUUGCUUUAGGAUAUGAGGCAAAUAUCAACAAGAGCCCCAUUGAUGGCAGUUUGGUUCCGCCAGGAGCUCUUAUAACUGUUGUACAGAAAGGCCUUCAAUAUGUAGAGAUGGAAGCAAACCUGAGUAAGGUUGACUCAGGUGUGGAUGAAGAGUUUUCCUUUCUGCAACCCAUGGAUCUCAUAACAAAGGAUGUUAAUGAGUUGCGGCGAAUUGUAAGGGAGAGGAGGAAAAAAGAAGUUAAAAAUGCUAAGGAGAAAGAAGUAAAUAAAGAACAUGAAGGUGCACGUGGGCUUGUGAAAGAACGAGAAAAACAAGUAAGGAAACGAGAACGUGAAAAGGUUGCAGAGAAAUUCGAAGAGAAACCAAAAGAAAAGGAGCAGAUCAAAAUGGUAGAUCCGAAUCAUGAGGACCAGAGAAAUGUUAGGCAGGAAGAAGUUAGGAUUUCUGGGGGAGCAGAACCAAUGGAGAUCUCCACCACCUCUGUGGAUGAAAUUGAAGAAUUUUCUGCUUCUGAAGUCACCAUUCUGGAAGGGCACGCUUGUGAGGUCUGUGCUUGCUCGUGGAACCCAGCAGGUUCUUUCCUAGCAUCUGGAUCUGGAGACUCAACAGCUCGGAUUUGGAAAGUCAGUGAGGAGAGCAGUCAGUCAAGUUUGCGGAACGGUCCUUCAAAUGAGAUAGUACUAUUGCAUGUAAAGGGCAAAACUAAUGAGAAAAGCAGAGAUGUCACAUCCGUUGAUUGGAAUCUGGAUGGCACACUUCUGGCAACGGGUGCAUAUGAUGGGCAAGCUAGAAUUUGGACCAUAGACGGCCAAUUGAAGGCCACCUUGACCAAACAUAAAGGACCAAUUUUUUCCUUGAAAUGGAGUAGGAAGAAUGACUAUAUUCUUACUGGAAGCUGUGAUAAAACUGCCAUAGUCUGGGAUGUCAAAACUGAGCAAAUCAAACAGCAAUUUGAGUUUCACUCAGGUUUUGUGCUCUUAAUUUAUCCAUGUAGUAUGAUUAAUUUCUUUUGGGUUUAUUAUGUAUUUGAUAAAUCAUGGCGUAGCUUCUUUACAGGCCCAACACUAGAUGUUGAUUGGCGAAAUAAUGUUUCUUUUGCAACAUGCUCUACGGACCAAAAGAUCUAUGUUUUCAAGAUUGGAGAAAAUCAUCCAAUUAAGACCUUUUCUGAUCAUCAGGGUGAAGUAAAUUGUGUUAAAUGGGAUCCGGCAGGUUCAUUGCUGGCAUCCUGCUCUGAUGAUCGAACUGCAAAGGUAUGGAGCUUAAAGCAGGACAAGUGCAUCCAUGAUUUUAGGGGACAUGAGAAGGAGAUAUAUAAUAUCAGGUGGAGUCCCACUGGACCAGGCACAAAUAACCCAAAUAUGCAAUUGCUGUUGGCAAGUGCGUCAUUUGACUCGACGGUAAAGCUUUGGGAUAUUGAGCAGGGAAGACUUCUGCGCAGCUUGACUGGGCACAGGUGCAUAGCAUCUUAGCAUAUACUUCUGCUUGAGUUAAUGAGAUACUUGUAAUGAUACAUCCAUUUGAAUGCACAAAGAAUGUGAACUGCUUGCACAUGCUAAAAUUGUUUGCAAAAUUAAAUCCUGAAGGUGUUUGCUUAGGGCGUGGUCUCUGAUUCCAAACUUGAUCUUUCUUUCUCACUUUAAAAUUAACGUUCUAAUGUUUGCGAUGCCCUUAUGAUUUUCAGACACAAGUUUUGUUAUUGUAAAUUAAAAACCACCCCAAAACAGCACUCUUGUCGAUAUGGGCCCUUAGGAUUGAGAGUUCAAGCCAAUUUAAGCAUCUUAAGGAGAAUAAUCAUUGUUCUGGAAACACUUCCUAGUUCGAGAUAAUUUGUUUUUGCUUACCAAGUUAGAUGGAGCAGUUUGUUGAUUGCUUGGAUUAACUCAAAUACAGCCAACCUGGUUUUGUACUUUGUAGUUUGUGUGCUGGUUUUUUGGGUUAUCAUGUGGUUUUGCUGAUGUGGUUGUGUAACGAUUGUACCUUUAUGAUUGGAUUGGCAGUGAGGCUGUAUACUCUGUUGCGUUUAGCCCAAACGGAGAGUACUUGGCUAGUGGUUCCCUCGACAAGUCGGUGCACAUUUGGUCUGUGAAAGAAGGAAAAGUCAUCAAAAAAUAUACUGGCCAGGGAGGCAUAUUUGAAGUUGGCUGGAAUUCUGAAAGUAAUAAAAUUGCUGCUGCAUUUGCCAAUAAUGUGGUCUGCAUUCUGGAUUUCAGAAAGUAAAUUUAUGAUGUCUACCUUGUACAUUGGAUGAAGAUGAUGUAUGGCCCCAUUGGAUGAUGAAAGGUGAAGAGUGGAAUUUUUAGUUCAGGUUUUAAAAUUUAGAAUUCUGAUUAAGCUGUAAGUUGCUCUGAGACUCUGGUAGUUUAACAGUAAGGUUGUACAGAUGCCUAGUGAAUAUCUUACCCAGUUCCAAUUGACUUGAUUUCUUAUGUGCGGUUUUUGGGGUCUCAAUUAGCAUUGCCAAAUCUUAAUAUUAGUCCAACACUGGUUCCUUUUUCCUUCUUUUUUUCUGGAAAUUUUCUGGUCUGUACUCUGAUAUCUGUCUGCAUGAGGCAUCAUUGAUGGUGCUGCACGAGUUAGCUUGCGAUGUCUUUCGCAUUUUGAGUUACAGAGAAUUUUGAACAUACAGGUUGAUCAUUAAUAGAAUGUGUGAAGCAAUGAUGAAGAUUUUCAGAAAAUGUAGAACGUUUUUAUAUUUUCAGCUGGGUGAUCAACAGUUGGCUAAAAACUUUGCCAAUAUCACACAUAUCUGUAGUUGCUGCAGUGCAGAGAGCACCAUUUUAAACUUCCAUACCUUUAUGCAGAUUUUCCUAGUACAGAUGUCACACAGUAGAAUCAGAUGGUCUACAAUCUAAUCAUCAUCUACUCUAUUUCUGCUCCUCUAUAAUUAUAUCUGUAUGGAAAAAAAGAAAAAACAUCUGGAGGAGAUUAUGAAUUCAAGAGGGAGAGGACCCCUCUCAACUCCAAGUAUACAUGCAUUCAGAAUUUGGCAAUUUGUACAAAUCUUUUUUCCUCACCUUGUGAGUAUGUCAUCCUCAUCAUCUUUCCACUCUUCAUCCCACAUUUUUUCAUAUUUGAACCUCCCCAAAACCCCUUCUACUGCUAUAUCAAAUGCAUCUCCUAUGAUCUCCGACUUAUUACUGGGUCUUGAAAACACAAUGUUUGGUAUAGUCUCGAUUACUUUCUCUCGCAUCUUCAUCAAUUUUUUCUUGCUGUAACCUUCCAAAACUUUCCUUAUCGACAGACCUUUUAGCACAUCCUCAUGGUCGAUGAACACCGAAUAACUCUUGAAUUUCUGCGGCAAGAACCACUGGUACUGAUCAUACGCCGUCCGGUUCCAGAAGAAAACCGGGAUCGACCCGGCCACCAUGCAAUCGAACACCCCACGCCUCGUAUAACUAUCGCCUUUGGGCUGUAAACAGAAAUGGGAGCUCAAGUAAGCCUUUAACAACACAGCAGAACCAUUGUUGCAGGCCGUCUGCGCACAGUCCACCACGUGGCACCCCGUUUCGUUGUAGCAGUAAUUAAGUAGCAUUGACCUGAAAUCAUUGUCCAAGCUUCCGCCGUGGGAAGCUCCGACGUAGCUGAAUAAACUCGUACGGUUCUGCCGGCGGACGAAGUCUUGCCAUUGUUGUAGCUGAGAUCUGGAUUGGGGGUGGAAUCCUGUGGGGUAAGGUAUACUGAGGUCUUCGUAGAUCCCAUCGGGUUUCUCCAGAGUGAAGCGCGUGACUUUCUCCAUAGCCGGCUGAUUCAGAAAACUGGAACCCCACUUCUUCCCCGGCUCAGUCCAACGCCGGAAAUCCCACGCGAUGCGGCCUAUAACGAUGAAGUGAUCUGAGCCGUUUCUUUUCUUCCAAUACGUUUUAUUCUGCACCCACUCCAGCAGUUUAUUGCAGUGAUAAUCCCGCUUGGGAAUGUCGUCGAUCCAGAGAUACUUCGCCACGGCGAGUCCGGCGUAGAAGGGUAUGUAAUACGCCGUCGCAGAUUCCGGGUCCAGAGUCCUGCACUUGUAAUUUAAAAUCCGUUGGUGGAAGAUUAACUCCAGAGAGAAUUGGUUGGUUCUGUACCAAGCCGGUAGGAAAUGAUCCGGCACGAUUCCGGCGAGCUCCGACGCUUCCUUCCCGUAACCGUCGUUGGUCCCGAUGCCGCAUUGCCAUCUCCACUGCUGAAGAUCGUCGCACUCGUACAACACCAAGUCCUUGGUAAACAUGGAAGGAAGGUCGUAGACGUAGACCCGGCCGGACCCACAUUCCGGGUCAUCGUAUUUGGAAUGCCAAUUGGUGGUAGAGUUGGCGAAAUGGGAAAAUAGGUGGCCGUGAUCUGCUCUAACCGGACCGCCGUUAUGCGGCGGAGAAAGGGAAGGCGGGGAAGAACGGGUAAUGAAAAGGAUAAGGGCUUGGAGGAAGAUAAAGGCGGUCAAGAGCCAAAAUCGAGUGUCGGAAACGAUGUGGGUCUGGAAUAAACUGAAGAUGUUCUUGGUGAGGAGGUGGUGGUGGUCUUGAUUGUGAGGUUUAAUUGGUUUCUUGAAAGCAUGGUGAUGCUCCGACGACGAUGUGGUGGUGGAGUUGGAGGUCGUCGGGAGCAUUUUGUAAUGACGGAAUAUGGUUGUUGUUGAUGGUUGAAUUGGAGAGAAGUUAUAAAAUCAGAUGGUGGAUUGUUGAAGAACAGUUAAAAGUGAUGGUGGAGGAGGAGAUUCACUGAUUCAGCCAUUCAGAGGAGUGAGUGAGGGCCGGCUUUGUUUGAUGAUUUAGGCUGCCACCGACAGGGGACAAAGAUUAGUUUAUUGAUUGAUUGAAUUUGGAUUUUCAUGAGCGGGUAAAUCAUAAACAAUUCGGGGAAUCUGAUUUUAUAGAUUCGCAAUUUGCGUUACUAAUUUUAAAGUAUAAAUAAAUGUAUUGAAUGAAGCGUUGGGAGACGUUUUCUUUAUUUUUUUUUCUUUUUAAUUUCCUAUUGAGUAAAUUCUGGGCCAGAUCUCAUAUGGAGUUGAGAGAUAAAUUUAGACAUGGAAAUUGAC